AUGUCUACCGAUUUGUAUAACGUCAUUUACGAGUUCUUGAUAACCGCCGAAGAGCGCCAAAUAAAUGCUACGUCGGUUAUUUAUCUUGGAAUGGAAGAAGACCGCUGGAUUCGGCAGAACGAAUUGAGAUCAAUUAUAGACCGAGUCGUUGCUUCUGCUAGCAAUGUAUACAGGGAGGGUUCAUCGCGCCAAUUAAGAAUUUUACGAAUUCCCUUGCAG